CGAGUUUCUGCACAUGCUCAGUUCCGCUCCACUGUUGACAACAAAACUUGGUUUGGACCGCUCUGCUCCACAGCAAAAUAAAUUAGAUGAAUUCGACAUUUGAGAGGACAGGGUGAAAACUGGUCUAAGCUUCGUCCCUGAUUCUGAGAUUCCUCUCACCAGCGGUGAAAAUGAGCUGGAAAUCAGCCUAGACAUGGAUGUCCAGAGUAACAAGGAAGCACUGCCACAUGGAUGGAUUAGAGAAGUGAGGCAGAGAAAAGCUGGCAAGACUGCAGGAAAACUGGACGUGUACAUAAUAAGUCCCAGUGGGCAGAGGUUCCGGUCUAAGUCGUCCUUGCAUGAUUACCUGUUGAAAAAUGGAGGAGAGAACCUGGACAUAAACCUGUUUGAUUUCACCUCAUCCAAAACUAAAUUCACCAGCUCUGAAACAGAUCACUCCAAAGAAACACAAGAGAAAUGGACGAAAAAGCAAGCAAAUGGACAGCAGGAACAAAUAGGUGGAAAAGUGAAGUCUGCCAGACAUAAAUCUAAAAACAGCUCUUCCUCUACUAGAUGUAAAGUCAGCAAGAGCAAGGUAAAGCCUGCUGUUGAGGAUAUUAGAAGUAAUAUUUUGCAAGAGGACAUAGCUGAGGAGGCUGAGCAGAUUAGCUCACAAGCUACAUCUUCAUCAGACUUGGCAGAUGAUGAUGACACACACAAGAGCCCCCGGAGGGUGGGACUGCUGAGGGAGAAAAUUCUGAGACUGGCUCCUUCCAGUGAUCAACGAAACACCUUCCUUCCAGCUCACAGGAAUCAACUGGCAAACACGCCGCCUUCGGUCCCGACUCUGAGUGUUGAAGCUGCCACUGAGAGCGAGGAUGAAAGUGAGAAUGUGGCAAACACAGAUGUUGCACAGGCUCACAGCAAAGGUGACAAGUCUAAUUCAGAGGUAGUGGAUAAUGCUGACAGUCACAGAGAGGAGGAGGUGUUACCUGACAACAGUGGUGGAAGCUGUACACCAGUUAGAGAUUCCCAUAAUAGAUCCAGGAAUUUGGAGAGCAGGCGGAAAACAAGCCCUUAUUUCAGUGGGAAACAUCUCAAAGAUGGACUCAGCCCACCCAGGAGAAAAUCUCUCAGAAAAUGGACACCUCCCAGGUCUCCCUUCAACCUCAUACAGGAAACCCUUUUCCAUGACCCCUGGAAGCUCCUGGUGGCCACUAUUUUUCUGAAUAAGACAAGUGGAAAAAUGGCCAUUCCAGUGCUUUGGGUGUUCUUUGAGCGCUACCCGUCUGCAGAGGUGACCCGGGAGGCCGACUGGAAGCCCAUGUCUGAACUCAUGAAGCCACUUGGGCUCUAUGAGCUUCGAGCCAAAACAAUCAUCCGCUUCUCCGAUGAGUUUUUAAAUAAACAGUGGCGUUACCCUAUUGAGUUGCAUGGUAUUGGCAAGUACGGGAACGACUCCUACAGGAUCUUCUGUGUUGAUGAGUGGAGACAGGUGACUCCUAAAGAUCACAAGUUAAAUAAAUACCAUGCCUGGCUGUGGGAGAACCAUAAAACGUUGGGAAUCUGAAGAAUGAUCAACCUCAAGAAAGACUUUAUCUUCAAGCAAGAAAAUCUUCUAGGCUACAUAAUGAUGGAUGCUAUCUAACCUACAGCAGAUCAAAACAAUACAUUUACACUUUUAAAUCUGAAUCUCAUAAAAAUUAUGUAGCAAAGUUUCAAAUGUUUGCCUUUUAAAAAGUUGUAUUUCUUGUUCAAUAAAAGAGUUUUAGUCAUUUUUAAAUUUUAGCUGAACGGAUUCUCUUCCUUGUUUUGCUGAAAUGUAGCUCACGCCUGAAAAUGUUCUCAGUGUUUAUCUGGUUAGUUUGUUGCCACGCUAAUAAUCUUUCUCUAUACCCACACCUACCUCUAUACCCACACCCAUUUAUGUUUCUCAAGACACUCCAAACUUUGCAGUCACUCCAAUAACCUUACCAAUUCUCCCAGACCAUGGUAGGGUGCUAAAGAGCAGUCAGGUGAGGUGCUUACCUGGUGUCGACCUAAUGUGCGGUUGCUGUAGAUGCAUUAUUAAAUAAUUAGACACAAUAAUUGUAAGUAAACAUAAAAGCACAAAUGUAUAAAUCUGAUUCGCAGAAUAUUCCGAGGUUGGAUCAUUUGUACCCACCUUUGGUCCUUAAACGCACCGUCAGUCUCGAAACAUGCGCUGUUCACCAUUAUUACCACCAGAGGUCGCUGAUCAUGCAAAGAGGAGAGCGUUUCAGGUGGAAAGAAUGAGUCCUGAGAUACACCCAGGGAAUAGCCUGACUUUUAUUUUGGUUUUACUGUUAAAAAAAAAAAAGAUAAAAUCAUGGUCACUAAGUUGAAGUUGUUGUGUCAGGUAUCAUCAGGUGUGGAGGAAACCAUUGUAUGGAUCCAUCAGUGAGAAAGAAGAGUACAGGUAAAUCACUUCAGCUCUACAUUCUAAAUUAUCCUCUGACAAGGCCUCACCUUUGCACAGAUUAUUAAUAUGUGGUUUAUUUUGCGAGAAAGGAAAUAGGAGAGCAGCUGAAGAGGCAGAUGGAGGAGAAGUGCGUGGAACUGAAGCUGCAGCUAGCUAGUAAAGUAAAAGAAGCAGAGCAUCUCAUAGCGGUGGACCGCCUCGCCCUAUCUAGCGAGAGACAACAGCGAAUUCAGCAGACCAAAGCAAUGGCAAUCUACAGAGAUGAGAACAAGAGGGUACGGUCCCAAUCAUGCAUUAUGCAUCCAUUACCAAUCCCUCUGUGUACUAAAAUAUGCUGGAAAUGCUUCCUGGAGCACGCUUUGAGGUUACAGUAAAAGGUCUUGUUUUUUUUUUUCUCAGUUGUACUUGUUUUGUGUGCAGCUAAUGGAGCAGAGCAGGAGGGACAGAGCACUAACACAUUCCCAGGAGGCCCUGAAGGAGAGAGAGCUGCUGUGCCUUAACCCCAUUAACUGGAAUGGAACACUGACAUGACUCCAAGUAGCCAAAACCUGCAAUUCAGGCUUCUUCUCAGCCACUGAGGAGCAAACCCUCAGUUUGAAAUGGAAAAAAAAAAGUGAUGGAAAA